AUGGCUCCAGCGCGUCAACAACCGGCGCCUCCGCCUUUUAGCAAGGAUGAAAAGGUUCUGUGUUUUCAUAUGGACAUGCUCUAUGAGGCCAAGAUUAUGGACGUCCAGCAAGGUGAGAAACCCAGUGACGGAUACAAGUAUAAAGUCCACUACAAGGGGUGGAAGAACACUUGGGACGAUUGGGUCCUGGUUGACCGCAUCCGGCCUUUUGACGACGAACACAAAGAGCUGGCAGCACAGCUUCAUGCGCAAUUGAAGCAUAACAUUCAAAGGAGCACGAAGCAGCCAAAGAAGGGUCUCCGAAGUGGUGCUGAGUCGGCCAGAGUUAGCGAGGAGCGAUCAGGCUCGGCCACUGUUCAAGGAGGCAGGGGAGGUAGGCGAGGAAAAGAUUGGGAGCUUGAACAGGUAAGACACUAUUUUCAUCUUUGUUCUGGCAUAUCCCAUUGCCAUGUUCCCGUUGCUCGACCGCCCUUUGCGUUUUAUGAGAGUGUUUUUCCCAGAAAGUUCUGGGCUACAACAUGCAACAUGUGA